AUGAUUUCAGAUUUAAAUGAUAAAAGUAAUAUUUUCAAACUAUCAAGAGACGAAUAUUUACAAAAUUAUAAUCAGUCAAUUGACGAAAUAAAGAUUAAGGAUCAAGUUAUUGAAUCAAAGAGUAUCGAGGCCGAUCAUUUAUCGCAAAAAAUCAAAGACUUGGAAUCAAGUUUACAAGAGGAGAAGUCUCUUUUAAAACAAACUAUCGAGAGGGGUGAGGAAAAUAAGAAUGAGUUUGAUUCAUUAUCAACAAAAUUAAAGAAAUUAGAAGAAAAAUUAGUUUUAGAAAGAAGCAGUUUCGAUUCACUAAAUCAAAGAUUUAAUGUUGUUACCCUUGACAAUAACAAUUUUGAAAAACGUAUUGAAGAAAUGGAAAAGCAAAUUGGUGAUCUCGAAAAAGAAAAAGAAACAUUAGAGUCAACAAGCCAAGCCCAAAAGAAUAAAGGUGAGGAGGAUCAAAAUGAAAUUGAACGUCUCUCAGCAGAAUUAAAAGAAAAAGAAACAUUGAUUUCACAACAAGAAAAUGAAAUCAAAGAGAAAACAGAGAGAUUGGUUGAUUUUGAAAAGAUACAAGAGGAGUUAUCAAAUGUUAAAGAGUCACUUUCAUCAACAGAAACCAAAUUUACAGAGGUAUCUGAACGUUUAGCAGCUUUAGAACCACAGUAUGAAAUAGUUAAAACCAAUUAUGAUGAGGCAUGCUUGAAAAUCACCAAGUUGGAGGUUUCUCUUGUUGAUGCUGAAACCGAAAAGAAGAUUAGCGAAAAGAAGAAUAUAAAAAUGAUUAAGGAUCUUAAAAUGGAGUUAUCACAAUCAAGGGAUUCUAUUAGUCAAUUAUCACAAUCUAGUAGUAAUAUAGGUGGAGUUUCAGGUCAAGUAACACCAACAGCACCAUCUCCAUCAUUACAAAGAUCAGCAGGCAGUGUAUCCUUACCAACAACACCAAAUGUUACACCAGUUCCAUCAAGACAUCAAAGAACCAUCUCAACAGGUUCUGCAUUCCAAUUAUCAACUCAACCAAAUGCUUCACCAAUUAAACCACCACAUCCAUCAAGUGCCCAUUAUUCAGAAUCAACACUUAGAAAUGAUUUAGAAACUUUAGGUAGAAAAUUAGGUGAGCUUGGUUCAGAAAAUUAUAAGUUAGAAGAAAAGAAUAGAACAUUAGAACAAACCAAUCAAAUGCUUUUACAAGAAAUCGAUAAAAAGUCAAAGGUUGUAAGAUUUUAUAUUUCAAAAACUCAACUUGGUAGAGCUACUACCGAAGAUGAAAAAACAAAGAGAUUGAAAGGAGGUAUCACUGGUUCAUUCUGGAGAAAUAACGAUCCUAAAAUUGUUGCAGAAAUGGUAGAGAAAAUGGAGGUAAUGCUUCAAGAAAAUAUUUUAAAGAACAUGCAGCUAUCAGAAUCUAUUGAACUCUUAUCAGGUGAAUCAACUAAUUUAAAAACAGAAAUCGAUAUUUAUAAAAAUCUACUCAAAGAAAAUUCAAUCGAUAUUAAUUCAAAUUUUAAAAAUUUACAUAAUCAUUUAAACCCAACAAACAACACAAAUAAUACAAACAAUUCAAAUACGAAUAUAUCCAUUCAGGUUUCCAAUGAAAAUUUAAAUGAUUGUUAA